GAUUCGGAGCAGGCGUCACAAUACACCACGGCGCGUGGUAGCGUAACAGUGGGGCGCGAGCAAGUGUCAAUUCGAUUAUUGUCGUCGUUUACGAGGGCAAUCGGUGCUUUCAUUGAGAUCGUUCGGAAUUUCUACCGAUGAUCGGCAAAUCGCGUAUACGUAUUCCUAUGGGUGCCGUGAGGCGGCGAGAAAGGCCACCUCUUUAAAUUAAAAGAAGGAAUGACGCUGGAGAAUCCGUUCUUUGUCGUCAAGGACGAAGUUUGUAAGGCCCUGAAUAAAAAUCGCGGUUUAUACGGGCGCUGGACGGAAUUGCAGGAUGUUAUUGUCACGAGCCCUACUGUGAGUGGGGGAAUCCCGAUCUCGCGCGACGAAUUAGAGUGGACGACUACAGAAUUGCAGAAAGCAUUACGAUCGAUCGAAUGGGAUUUGGAUGAUCUAGAACAUACGAUCCGUAUCGUAAAAAAGAAUCCGACGAAAUUUAAAAUAGAUAAUAAGGAGUUAACGGUUCAACGAAGCUUUAUCGAACAAACACGAGAAGAAGUGAAGAUCAUGAAGGAUAAGAUGAAUUUAAGUAGAGGUCGGGACCGCGAUAGUACAGCAAGACAGCCACUAUUGGAUAACAGUCCUGCACGAGUUCCUGUUAACCAUGGCACGACUAAGUACAGUAAAUUGGAAAAUGAAAUUGAUAGCCCGAAUAGGCAAUUCUUGGGAGACACGUUACAGCAACAGAAUAACAUGAUGAGACAACAAGACGAGCAAUUGGACAUGAUGGGAGAAAGUAUCGGUUCUCUUAAAACAGUAUCUAGACAAAUCAAUACUGAAUUAGAUGAACAAGCUGUUAUGCUAGAUGAAUUUGGUAAUGAGUUAGAGGUGACAGAUUCUAAAUUGGACGCAACAAUGAAAAAAAUGGCCAAAGUUCUUCAUAUGAGUAAUGGUAACUAUAAUAAUUACAUUCCUGCUCCUACUACUGCAACAUCUAGUGUUUCUGAUCUUGCCUCUAAACCUUCUUCUCUAUCGUCUUUAUCGAACACAAUAACUAAUUGUUUUUUAUGUUCCGGAGAUUAAAUAGGUACAGUUACCACAAUCGUACCAUAAUUAUUCAGUAAAUCUAUAAAAUUAAAACAUUAUUUACAUUCUUUCGCUUAACUGUUUACUUCAUCGGAGUACAUUUAUAAUAUUCAGUUGUAUUAUUUGCGUUUGAUUUAUACUCAAAUUAAUAACGAUUUAAUGUAACUACUGAAAAAUGAUGGGAUUUUUAAAACAAAAGUUGAUAUUCACUUUGUCUUUAUAACGUUGCAUACUAGCAUUGUCGAUAAACAAUUUUUAUGUACACUUACCAAACUAAUCGAAACUAAUAGCAUUGUUUUACCUUUAAAAUAUUUUUCUAUUUUUCCCCUGUUAAACGUGCAUAGGGUUAUACAGACAUGCAAUUAAUCCAGUGAUUUAUCGGAGAGUAGAAAUCUGACUAAAAUAAUAUUUAAAAUGAAAGUUAAUAAAGUAUAUAUUUAUUACUUAAUCAUUCAGCAAACAUAAAUUGAAAUAAA